CCACCAAGAAAAAUCUCACCAAUUUAUAACGUAGGAUCGUUGAGAUGAUAAAUGAAAAUGCUCCAUUACAGGAUCAGUCAAGCGAGAAAAACAAUUUUCUGGAUUGAACCCAUCUCACAUUUCUGAGAGGUCUGAUCGAGUAAGCGAGAUCCUUGCUUGCUACAUGCGUCGUUUUGAUGUUCUGUUGGUAGAGGAUGAAGGAAUCCCCUCUUCAAUUUUAUUGUCAAGUUUGCUUCGAGGCCCAGUGGUGUUUUUAGUAUCCUGUUGAUUCAGUGUCCCAGAUCAGGAUAUAAAAAUGUACGGGAUGUUACUGGAGAGCGUUCAGCAUUUUGUACAGAAAGAGUAUGGAGAUGAUGUCUGGCGCGAAGUCCUCAAAAUCUCCGAAUGCAAACACAUAGUCUUCAGCACCCACCAGGUUUACCCAGAUCACAUAAUGGCUGACCUGGCCAAAGCCUUGGUGUCCAUCACAACACAAUCUUACGACGAUUUCAUGACCUUCUUUGGCAGAUGCUUCGUUAGAUACUUCAGCAAUUACGGAUAUGAGAAAACCAUCAAGGCCACUGGUAGAAGCUUCACUGAUUUCUUGGAGAACGUUGACAACAUCCACUCUCAGUUCAGGUUGGCCUAUCCAAAGAUGAAGAGUCCUUCUAUGUAUUUGACGGAAGUGGACGAAAAUGGAUGUGUGUUGGUGUACAGGAGCGUAAGACAAGGAUUUACACAUUACCUUAUGGGUCAAUUACAGGAAAUAGCUGUCAGUCUCUUCAACUUAAACCUGCAGACUCAAGUCCUUUCUAGCGAGAUGUCCGAAGUCAACGAAAAGAAGAUUACCAUCAUCACUUUCCGUCUAAACUUCGACAACAGCCAAUAUAUGAAGUUGAAGAUCGAAAAAGCCGCCCACCUUGAGACGACCCUGCUCUCCCCCUUUCCCUGCGACCUCCUCCUGCGUCUCUUCCCCUUCGGCCUCCUCUUCAACCCUGCCAUGGACAUAACGGGGUGCGGGGAGAAGAUAAUCGAGGUGGCUGGCAAGGGAGGCAAGCAGAAGCUGCUUCUGAAGCCGAUCUCCAAAUAUUUCAGGCUGAGACGGCCUAAGGGGAUCAGCUUCACCUGGAAAAACGCGUUCUACCUAAAAUCCGUUAUGUUUGAGAUCGAGAUGCUCAGAUCAGAAUUGUUGACAACACCGUCUCUGGAAACCCAGUUUCCCAAAGACGAAAGAGAGAUUGAAAUUGAUGGCAAAAGCGUGUCCCCUUAUUCCCUGAGGAGAGAUAGUCAACCUGGCCUUAAGAACAUCCUGUUGAAAGGAAAGAUGCAGUAUUUGAAGGAUAUCAACGCCAUCAUCUUCUUAUGCAGCCCAGUAAUAAACGACAUCAACGAGCUGCCCGACCUUGGUCUGUACCUGAACGACCUCAACCAACACGGAAUGAGCAAAGAGAUGGUACUAACAGGAUGGCAACACAGCUCCAAGUUGGAAUUGGUUUUCGACAAGGCCGAACAGAGAGCUUCCGAGCUAGAGACCAACUAUGCUCUUCUGGAUACCUGGAAGACAAGAGGUGAUGACCUGUUGUAUUCUAUGAUACCAAGAAGUGUGGCAGAUCAUCUUAGAAGCGGCCAUUCUCCUUUGAGUACUUGCCAGACCUUCGAUGCAGUGACUAUAAUGUUUUGUGAGCUUGUCGGUUUCAAUUCCUCAACAGUAGAAGACGCUAUGGAGCUAGUGUCCACCAUGAAUGCUGUGUACUCUUGCUUCGAUUCCUUGAUGGACAGAUUUGAUGUAUAUAAGGUGGAGACAGUUGGAAGGAUUUAUAUGGCAGUCAGUGGCGCACCUCAGAAAACAGAAAAGCACGCCAGUAAUAUUUGUGACAUGUCCUUGUGUAUGGUCAAACAUGUUGAACAACUGCAAAUACCCUCCGGCACCAGUGUAGGCGUCAGGAUUGGUAUUCACUCGGGACCAGUGGUGGCGGGAAUUGUUGGGAUAAAGGUGCCACGCUAUUGUUUUUUCGGGGAUACAGUGAACACGGCUUCCAGAAUGCAAUCUACCAGCGAGCCUGGAAUGAUACACAUAUCAGCCACAACUAAAUCCCAGUUAACGGAGGAUAAAUAUAAAUUUGAAAAUAGGGGUUCUGUCAAACUGAAGGGUAAAGGAGAUAUGGAAACUUAUUGGAUUUUCGAAACAAACCCAGAAUCUAUUAUUGCUGAAAUCAACUGAAUACAAACAAUAUCUCUUCGUAUACUAAAAUGAAUAUAUUUGACUAUAUUUAAGAAUAACUAAUAUUGAUGUACAUUUUAAACCUG